CAUGUUCGUCGCAAAGGGCAUUUUGUACGCGCUGCUCGCGACAGUUUUGCUAGCUAAAAAGGAUCGACACAAGAAGCUCCUAUCCAACAAAAAGGGGACCAAAUUGAUCCCGGCGACGGUGAAGGGCCUGCAGUGCUACAACUGCCUGUCGUACGACCACAAGGGCUGCUGGGAUCCGGACCACCCUGACAACUCCAAUGUUACGGUACCUAACAUCGACUGCUACAUACCUGGCAUGGCGUUUCUGUGCCUCGUCAUCACUGCAGAGUCAGCUAAGUUAGUGGAGACCGGCACAGAAAUAGGCCCCGUCCGGGCAAGAACCUGUGUCCCAGCGAAGGACUUCAGCAAGAACGCCGUCUCGCAUUCGAUGUGCAACAAACUGGGCAAAGAGCUAGCAGCCUCGGAGAUAUUUUCUAGAAUCACGGUCACUAAACCACGGUGUUCGUUGUGCAACAAACAUCUAUGCGCUUCUAUUUGUUAGAAUAUGUUAUCACUUCACAAGAGCUGGCACGAAUGGAAUGAAUGAGUGUAUGAAAAUAUGCGACGUCAUAGCGAAUGAUAUUCCGCUUUGUGUGGUAGGGCACAGCACAGCGGAUAUCAUCUUGCUCGAAUCUAGAGCAGAGCCCAACUGGGGUAGUACCUCCG